CUAACAACCAAUAUGAAUAAUAACGUAUGAAAAAACAUUACCAGUGAUUUUAAAACAAUAUUUAAUAAUAUAUAAAAUGGAUCUCAGGGAAAGAGAGCGAUUACAUCAUUCAUUGCCGGUACUAGACGUCGAAUAUUUGCCAGAAAUAAGGCACAAGCCUCAGCCUCAAAAGCAAAAGAAAAGGAGGCAAUUGGAAGACGAAGUUUUGACAUCCAUCGUUUCAGCAUUUUAUGCAAAAUUGCUGGUUAUUAUUGGUAUGGCUUUUUCGAUAACAAGAUCGAUAACAAUGAGAGGUUCAGAACAACAUGAUAUAUAUUUCAUAUAUCUAUAUAUAGUAAGUGUUAUAUUUUUGUUGUACGUGUACACUAUUCAUAUGAGAACAAAAUCAAUAUUAUAUGAAAUCAACAACGGACAGCACAAAGAUGCCAGCGAAUUUUUGGUAAACUGCAGAAGAAAUAUGUACACAAGAUAUGGUAGUUUCUAUUUUAGAAUGGGUGUUGUCGGAUUUGGAAUAGGCUCUCUCAUUUUCUCAGCUCUGCAGUUCGGACAGUAUUUUGAGUUCAGUAAUCAACCAGGUUGCCCAACGGUAAUAAGAGCCAUUAAACCAGCUGCUAGAAUAAGUUUUAUACUACUACAAAUGCUAUUCAUUUUUUCUUUUAGCAAUUUUUUAGAUGUACAGAGAAGCCAAUUAAUAUCAAAAUUCGGUUUAAUGCAUUUGGUAGCAACGAAUGUGAGUGACUGGUUUCAAGUAUUAGUAGAAAGUACCGUACACGAUUUGUUUUCCUCAAUUGCUACUCAGCAGACUCCCAAAUAUAUUUUGAAUCCUGGAAAUAUAACUCGAAUUGAUGGAGAAAGUAGGCUUUUAGAAGUUACUAGAUCCCAGUGGGAGCAAAAACAAACUUGUAUAAAGUUUCAAUUGAUCACAACUAUUUUAUCUAGAGUGGAACCUCAUUUGGCAUCCUGUGCUGUCGAGUAUAAUUUACUUUGCUCUAUGAUCUUGGUACUCAUGUGGAAGAAUAGUACUUCGUCUAAAACACAAGGUAUUUUUUAAAUUACUGACUUAUAAUGAAGUCAAUUUUUCCUCAAUCAGUUUAUUU